AUGCACUCCCUGGUCCAACCCGACGCCUGGGUCGCCCUCAAGUUGCCCAAUGGGACCCUCAGAGUCCUCCAGGUCACACCAAACACUACCGUGUCCCUCGGAAAGUAUGGGUCGUUUCCCAGUAACUUGAUCAUCCACCGCCCGUACCACCUUACCUACGAGCUCCAGGACAAGCGCGAGGGCGAGAACUUUAGCCGUCUGCGCAUUGUGCCUGCUUCGGAACUCUACGCCGACAUCCUCACCUCCAGCGCCUCAUCUUCUGCGCCCGGCUCCCCCACGCUCGCCCCGGAAGACGAUGAUGCGGACGCCGAGCUGCCCACGGGCGUCGAAUACUCCCUCGUCGACGCCACUUCGGGCGCCGUAGUCGCCAAGACCGACCGCGCUGCCGUGCUGGACGAGGCUUCGGCCCUGCGCCAGACGCUGAGCGUGGAGGAGAUCGAGGCGCUGAAGCAGGAUGGCACCAACGCCGGCAAGGACCUGAUCGCCAAGCUCAUGCUGUCGCAUACAGCUCUCGACCAGAAGACGGAGUACUCGCUCGCCAAGUACAAGCUGCUCAAGACCAAGAAGUACAUCCGGCGCUUCUGCGUGACGCCGCUAGACGUCCCCAUGUUUGACCACUGGUUACUGGAGGAGAAGGACCCCAUCAAGAUCCUCGACAUGCGUGAAGAGAUGAUUGCACUGUUGGGGUGCUGGGCAAAUGUGCACUAUGGCGGCGUGGACCGUUGCGAGAAUGCCACGGACGAGGAGCCCCAGGCGGAAAGUACAGCAUUAGAUCACUCAGCCGGACGAUGGCUGGUAGUCGACGACACUGGCGGGCUGCUGGUAGCUGCCAUGGCUGAGAGACUAGGUGUUCUCUACCCACCUGAAAAAGAGGAGACGUUGGAAACCUACCUUGAAUCGCAAAAGCCACCACAACAGAAAGAAGCAGCAAGCGGGCCGAAAUCGUCCAAGGAUGAGCCCGAUGCUGAGGCUCCCGAGGAGGCAACUGAAGAUGCGAGCAUGCAGGAGGAGGCCAAAGUCGAAGCCCAGAUUGAUGAGACCAAGGAGACGGACGUCAAAGCAGAAUCAGCCCAGGACCCAGGUUCGCAUGGGAUAAAUCCCAAGAAAUAUCCGACUGGCGGACCGCGGCAUCGCUCGAACGACCUGGCUGUGCCGUACGCUCAGUCCAAUACCUUGACCCUCCUCCAUCACAACUCUCAAGCGAAUCUCAGUUUCCUGCGAUAUUACGACUUUGACAACACGAACCCAGCGCAACCACUCACACACCCCCUCGCCACGAAUCUCAUGACCCUUACGUGGCUGCAACUGCUAGAUCCGACCGCCGACACGGCGUACAUGGCAGAGCCGCCGGCCGUCACACCCGAGGAACUGAGAGGUUGGAAGACGAAUCGCCGCGGCAACUACCACCGCAAGCGUCGCAGAUGGGCACGCGUUCGACACGUCGUGGACACAACCCGAGCAGGCGGGUUCUCGGGCCUUGUGGUGGCGAGCACCAUGGAUCCGAUUUCGGUCAUGAAACACGCCGUGCCGCUGCUUGCCGGCGGCGCUCCCAUCGCCAUCUACUCCCAGUCGGUAGAGGCCCUCACCGCGCUGGUCGAUUGCUAUAGCAUCGCAAGGCGCACAGCGUGGAUCUCGAACCCGCCCGAGGGCGCAGCUGGGAAGACCCCGGAGGAGCUGGAGACGUGGGAAGGAAACGACGAGUUCCCUCUGAACCCUACGCUUGUUCUCGGCGCUGCGUUGCAGACGAGCAGGGUGCGCAAGUGGCAGGUCCUGCCCGGUCGGACGCACCCGCUGAUGACGAGCAAGGGAGGCGCCGAGGGUUACAUCUUUACGGCUUGGAGAGUCAAGCCUGCUGAGGGCAAGAUAGAGGCGCGCGGAAAAGGCCGGCAUUCCAAGCGGCGCAAGGUUGGCGAAUAG